AGUAAAGAAGCUGGAUUUUAUGUAUAUUCUUGAUAUUAUUCAUCUUGAUAACAGCAUAGCAAGUUUCGUAACGUUUUCCUCGUAAUGAGGAAAACAUGACCUACAUCACUUCUCGGUGCGAUCAGUUUGCAUCGUCAGCUAUAUGAUGUUUGAAAAAUGUAUCGAGGGGAAAAACCAGAAUUUAUAAACUGUGACCGUUGGAAGUAAUAUAGUUUUCGCAGAUUCGCGUUUCAAAUACGCAUUAGGUACCACCUGUCAAAUAAUAAAACGUUCACGCGUUGUCUCAUCUUUUGGUUAAAAAAUCCCGUGCACGUGCAGAUUUAAAUUACAAAACUGUGCGCAUGAUUUUACAUAUAUCUGUUCGUUUAAGAAAUAAAUUCGUAUAUGACAUACUUGGGUUUCCCAGAAAGGCAAUUGUGUGGUUCUUCCUCCUAGCAAUUGGGUAUAAAAGGCCAUCGUCCUUGAGGUUGUUUUUAAUACUUGCCGGUGCAACGCAAGCGUGUGUAUGUAUCUAACUGGUUUCACGUAGGAAACUAGGUCUCGUGUUAAGCUCGAGUACAUAGCAAUACGAGCUAUCCUCUUGUCAUGAAACAUCUAUUCCUUCUGAGCGUCGUCCUUGCAUUCGCCAGCGGCGAUUUCGCUGGCGAACAAUGCGAAGUAACCGCACCGAUCGGACAAAUUCGCGGUUCCAUCUUGACCUCCAGACUCGGCAAAAAGAUUUAUUCCUUCCGCGGUGUAAGAUACGCCGAGCCACCAACCGGGCAGCAACGUUUUCAGGUCGCUAUUCCAGCGGCGGAUUGGAAUGAUGUCUUUGAUGCAACCAAGGAAGGACCUGCCUGUCCAGCAAUAAACGGGGAGAAUAUAACGGAAGAUUGUCUUCGAAUAAACUUACUAAUUGAACAAUUGUCUCGAUCGCAGUUACCUUCGGCGAACGAUCCCGUAAAGAGGCCGGUGUUGGUAUUUUUCCACCCUGGUGCUUUUUAUGUAUUCUCAGGCCAAAGCUUCUACUUUGGACCCGAAUACUUGCUGGACAAAGAUAUUGUUCUUGUCACUGUUAAUAAUCGUCUCGCAACUCUAGGUUUUAUAAGCACCGGCGACUCGAAGGCACCAGGCAAUUUGGGCUUGAAAGAUCAAGUUGUGGCGCUUCGAUGGGUUCAGAGGAACAUAGCCGCCUUCGGCGGCGAUCCUGAUAGCGUUACGAUAUCUGGCUACAGCAUCGGUGGAUUUAGCGUGAUGCUGCACAUGGUUUCGCCAAUGUCCAAGGGAUUGUUCCAUCGCGCGAUUAUGAUGAGCGGCUCGAUGACGUCAGAACCGUACCCGACCGAACAAUUGCAUCUGGCGAAGAAGCAAGCCGAGCUAUUGAACUGUCCGUCCGACACCACGGACGCUAUGCUGGUCUGCUUGAGUUCUAAACCGGUGGAGAACUUCACAGAUACUAUACCCAAGUUCUUUGAAUGGUAUAAUAAUCCGACAUUGUUAUGGUCACCCGUAGUGGAACCCGAGGUUCACGGUGUGGAGAGGUUCUUGCCCGAACAGCCCGUUGAUCUUAUUAGAAAAGGAAAAUUCCAUAAGGUUCCGCUGAUCGCGGGGGUCACCAAGGACGAGUUCGGCGGUGUGGUCGUUGCUGUCAAACAGCAACAUAGACUUGGAAACAACUCGAUCUUGGACGAUUUAAACAAUGACUGGUACAAAAUUGCGCCAAUCGCAUUCAUAUACGAACGGGAUACACCUCGUUCCAGAUACAUAAGCACCGAACUACGUCAAUUUUAUUUUGGCAAUCAAUCGAUCGGCCCGGACACGUAUGACGGUCUCGCACAUAUUAAAGCCGAUAGUCUAAUUACAUUUCCAUUGCAUCGCACUGUAAAACUGUUUGCAGAAAACACUGAUCAACCAAUCUAUUUUUACGUAUCUUCUUAUCAAGGACGAUAUAGUUUUGUCAUGUGGAACAAAACUACACCGUACGGAGUAGUGCAUCAUGACGAUUUGCAAUAUCUAUUCUUUAUGAGGAAGAUAUUUCCCUUCUUCGAAAAUGAUGCUCCGGAGAUACCUAUAGUGGAACUUAUGACAAGUAUGUGGUCGAAUUUUGCUGAAACUGGACAGCCAGUACCACCGACUUUGGCGAACAAUGUCACAUGGGAACCAUACUUAUUAGAAACCGACAACUACUUAGAAAUUUCUGAAAUAUCGAGGAUGAAGACAAGACUUUAUCCCGAGAGAAUGCAAAAGUGGGAGAGCCUAUUUCCUUUGAAUUCAAAAUAGUAAUCAGUUUAAUAUCUAAAAUCGAUAUCUAAGCUGUAAAAAGUACGUUAAUCAUGCCAGGCAAUUCAGCAAAAGAUGUACGUAUCGAAUCUAUUACUCCAGCAAAUGCAAUCAAUUAUAUAUAUCAUGUUUAUAAAAAAAUAUCUUUUCUCUAAUAAAAAAAAUGUUUCUUUAA